AUGGCAGCCUUAGAUGGUCCAUCGACGUCGAUGCCUGACGAAGUGCAGAAUGGAGAAGCCUCUCCAGACAGCAGUGAUGGAGUUCAUAAAGUGUCCGAACGGGUACAGUCGUGGGCAGUUGGCACGACAGAACCCGGAGGCUUCACAAAGGCCCCAUCCAAACUUCGACCACGAGACUAUUCGAGCAGCCAUAACACCUUCCCCCGGAUCUCGAAGCCUGUGGAAUUGUUGCGACACAAAUACGACGUUGUGGUCAUCGGUUCAGGCUAUGGCGGUGGUGUGGCGGCUAGCAGAAUGGCACGAGCCGGCCAGUCAGUCUGCGUGCUAGAGCGAGGCAAGGAAAGAUGGCCAGGGGAGUAUCCGGACAACUUGGCGGACGCUACUCCUGAAGUGAGCAUCUCUGGCCUAUUUGCUCCCAACAAUCGCACUGGUCGUCACAUCAGCAUUGGUGACCCUACGAAGCUCUAUCAACUUGUCGUUGGCGAGGGACAAAACGCCUUCGUUGCUUCCGGCCUGGGCGGCACAAGUCUUUUGAACGCAAAUGUCUUUCUAGAGGCGGAUGCUGGAACUAUGUCUCUUCCCAAAUGGCCCCAGGACUUGCAGGAAGAGGGCGCUCUUGAUGAGUAUUACGAUCGAGCAAGAGAAAUGCUGCAGCCAGAAGAAUAUCCGGAAGACUUCCCGCGACUGCGGAAACUUGACCUACUGGAGCGGCAAGCGCACGUCGUCAAGGAGGAGUUGGCUCUGGAGAAACAGCCCAGUGGACGACCCUUGGGGGAGCCAGAAUUUCGUCGUGUCCCACAAACCACCAGGUUCGAGGAUGGCCCAAAUCACGCAGGUGUACAGAUGCAAGCCAGCACAUUGACAGGGAUGGACUCUACGGGUGUCAAUGACGGGAGCAAAUCGAGCACACUGGUCACGUAUCUUAGCGACGCUUGGAACUGGGGUGCCGAGAUAUUCUGCGAGUGCGAAGUCAGACACGUCAAAAAGCACCCAGACUCAAGGAUAGGAGGGUACCUUGUCUGUUUUGCGUGGCAUGGCAGUAAGCGGGCGUGCUUCCAAGACAACAUAUACCAGGACCUGAUGUGGGUUCAUGCCAAGGUUGUCUUCUUUGGGGCCGGAGCAUUGGGCACCACAGAGAUAUUGCUCAGAAGCAAAAGCUUGGGACUGAAGAUGAGCGGAAGAGUUGGCAAGAACAUGAGUGGCAAUGGGGACAUUCUCGCGUUUGGCUACAACACGGAUGAGGAGGUCAAUGGUCUGGGUAGACCAUUUUCCGAUCCUCUACACCCUGUCGGACCUACCAUAACUGGCGUUAUCGACUGCCGCCAACAAGCCAAUCCACUUGAUGGCUUCGUUAUUGAGGAAGGGGCGAUCGCUGCGCCUUUGGUGCCAGUGCUCCAGGCAAUGUUAGAAGCAAUGCCUGGCAAGGUCUUCCCAAGGACAUACGGCCUUCUCGAAAUGUUGAGACAUUUUGCUUCGCGGCGGUUGAGCCGUGUAUCCAAGUACGCGCCUUGGGGCGCCUUGCAAAGGAUGCAGACGUAUUUGAUCAUGUCCCACGAUUCCAACCAAGCCAUCAUGACUCUUGAGAACGACAAACCAACUCUUCGCUGGCUUGGUGUCGGCAGGAGCGAACAUGUCAAAUUUCUCAACGAUCUUCUAGCCUCGAUUACGGGGAAGUUUGGAGGCACAUACAUCAAUUCUCCAUUCUACGCCAGCCUGGGCAAGCAAGAAAUCACAGUCCAUGCCAUUGGUGGAGCAUCUAUGGCGGCCGAUGGCACUGGUCAGACUGGUGCCACAGACUCGUUGGGGAGAUUGUUCAAGGGGUCUGAGAAAGAUAGCGGGGUCUACGAAGGUCUGGUUGUUGUAGAUGGCGCGGUCGUGCCAACAGCGCUCGGCGUCAACCCCUUUGCGACGAUCACAGCUCUUGCGGAGCGAUCAGCUGCAGCUGCUGCACACCGAGCUGGACUCCACAUCAACUACGCGGAGAAGAAUGGCACGCUUGAGUUGUAUGGGGCUCCAAAGCACACCUUUCGUAUGGAUGCUAGCCUCGAGCGUGCUCAGCGAACGAUUCAAGACGCGACCGAGUCCUCGGCGCAAGGCAUCGAGUUCACAGAAGUGAUGUCCGGCUUCAUGAACAUCGGCGAUGAUAUCGACGAUUUCGAUAUCGCCUAUGACUCUGCGUCCGCGGCAGGAUCAUCUGCCCAGUUCUUCUUAUCUGUCCACGCCUGGAACACAGAUCGUCUUGUGGCUGCUGAAGAUCACCCCGCCAUGCUCACUGGAACGUUCACGUGUGCUGGAUUGCGUGGGUCGCCGUUCAUGGUCCUUAGGGGAGACUUCGCCCUUUUUAGCACCGACCAGAGGACACCCGAUACCACAAACCUGAAAUAUGAGUUCGACAUGAGGUCUACGUUCGGCGACAUCAUCCAUUUCAGCGGGUAUAAGGUCGUGGACCCAUCUAUUGCUUUGCAGCCUUGGGCCACAUGGAAGGCUACAUCGACAUUGCAUUGCAUGUUGGCCAGCGACGGAAAGGUGUUGGGGCGUGGAAAGCUCUGCAUCAAGCCGCAUGACUUUUUGUCUGAGCUCAAAACAUUUACACCUGCCGGCCAUGCUGUUUUGUCGAAGUUGGCGUCAACUGCUAAGUUCCUGACGUUCUUUACUGGCCAAGUGGCUUCGAAGUUCUUUGGUCCUCUAGGGGCCGAAGAAUGGCCCAGGACCACCUCUCAAGGCUAUGAGACGGACACGGCACCUCCACAUAAGACUCGAAAGAUUACAUCUUCGGACGGCAUUGUUUCGACGCUACAACACUGGCUACCAACAGCUCGCUACGAGCAUGACGUUUCCCCACGGGUCUUGUUCAUUCCUGGCGCUAGCGUUGAUCAUCAAAUCUUCGCCUUGCCAACUAUCGAAACGAAUGCAGUGGAGUACUUUCAAUCCCAAGGAUUUGAAGUCUUCUGUGUCACUCACCGUGUUGGCAAAACACCCAACGCUAUCCGAGACUUUACCACGUUCGACGCCAGGUUUGACAUCCAAGCCGCCUUCACAGAGAUUCAUAAGUUACAUGGGUCUGACGAUCCGAUUUAUGUGAUCGCACAUUGUGCUGGGUCCGUGGCUUUGUCUGCGGGUCUUCUUGAUGGCACCAUCCCCGCUAGAUGGCUCCGUGGAUUGACUGCCUCUCAAGUGUUCUUCAACCCCAUAUUUGGUAGUGUCAAUUGGCUCAAAGCGUCGCUUCCGAUGCCAUUGACCAAGCUGUAUCGUGUCGCUGCUGGGAAGUGGUUCUCAUGUAUCUCUUCCCAACACGACACUCUCGUUCAACGUCUUAUCAACCAAUUUGUGAAGCUAUAUCCAGUGGGCUCUGCACGAGAGCUAUGCAACUCGGUUGUUUGCCAUCGAUCGGAAUUGGUCUUCGGCCGGCUCUGGUCCCAUAAGAAGCUGAAUGCAGCUACGCAUGCCAAUUUGUCCAAGUUUCUUGGGGGCACCAGCAUGCACAGUCUUGAGCACUUGAUGCAUAUGGGGACUCACGGAUUUGUUACCAAUAACUACAACGAAUCUCUGGUCACUUCCCGCAACAUCGACCGUCUUAAGGAUUUGCCAAUUCUCUUCAUAUCGGGAUCAGAGAAUGUGGUCUACUCGCCAGAGACCACUGACAAGUCCUUCACUACCCUGAUUAACCAUUUCCAGCAAGAGGGCUACGAACGUGAGGUGAUUCAAGGCUACGGGCAUCUUGAUUGCUGGAUGAGUCCGGACGCGGUCAACGAUGUCUAUCCCUUGGUCCGCGAUCAUGCUGUUAGAUGUAUGACUGCAGCGAAUUGA